AAAAAAAAAAAAAAAAAGAGAGACACUCGGAAAUUUUUUGGACCCACCCCUUAUUCAUAUAGAGAGACAGGACCAUCUCAGUCCUUGACAGUUAAGAACCCUAAACUCAAAAAAGAAGAAGAAGAAGAAGAAGAAGGAAGAAGAAGAAGAAGAAGAUGGAGAUUGAAGCUCGGAACCUGUUGGACGAAGCCUUGGGGACUCUAAAAGGGGGAAUGGUGGUGGUCCAAGACUCUGUGCAGACGAGUGCUUCAUUUGUUCUUCACCACCUCCUCAAGCGCUCUCUUUCUCUUCACUCCUCAGACGUCGUCGUUUUCCUCGCAUUUUCCCACCCUUUCUCUCAUUACGAUCGAAUUCUCAGAAAACUCGGUUGCAACUUGGCUGUGCAAAGGGACAAGAAUAGGUUCUUUUUCUUUGACAUGCUUAUGACUGAAAUUGCAGAUGGAGAUGGAGAAAAGACCAGUGGGGAUGGACUUGUUGCAUUGUAUGGGAAGAUCCAAAAGGUUUUAAGUGCCUUACCUCAAGAGUUGAAAAAAUCUGUUACCAUCAUGAUAGAUGAUGUCUCCCUCAUGGAGGUGGCUGCUAAGUGUUCAACAGAUCAUGUCUUGGACUUUGUGCAUUACUGUCGUGCUUUGACAUCUGAAAUUGGUUGUUCAUUGGUUGUACUUGAUCAUGAGGAUAUCUAUUUGGGCACGGAGAGGCCAACAUUUAUUUUACAGUUGGAGUAUCUAGCUACCGUUCUCAUAAAGGCUGAACCAUUGGCUACUGGCUUAGCAACAGAUGUGCAUGGGCAGUUGACUGUUCUGAACAGGGACGUUUAUGAUGGGCAGGGGAUAUAUAGAAAGAAGAUUUGUAAUUUUCAAUUUAAAGUCAAGGAAAGUAGUAUUGAAUAUUUCUAUCCAGGGAGCAGGACUUGAGAACACAUAUUUCAAAUUCAGGCUCCUUUAGUCCUUCAAGACUGCAUGCAGAUGGAUGCUAACAGCGGAGAAAUACCCUUCUGAUACGGCUACACUUUAGGCUCGUCACUGUAGAAGUAAAAGCUUUUGUUGCAUAUUAUAGAAGAAUCCAAGAUAUUUGUCCUUCAACCUUACAUGGGGUAAGGGGGAGGGAUUUUUGGGGGUAGGGAACGAGAUCGAGGGAAGGCUGUACUUCAAUUGAGGAUGGAGGUGUUCAAUUUAUAUUUGCUCUGUUAAUUUGCAUCCGCAAUUAUACAUGGAAAGAAGCUGUAAUUCUUUUGUCAUGGUAGAGAUGUUAAAUUAGCUUUUGCCUUGUUAUUUUGGAUUCAAGAAUGUAACAAUCUGGGGGCAUGGUGCGGAUGCUGUAUCAUCCACCAUCCACAACUGUAUUGACAUUUUACUGGUUUUUCUGUUGCUAAAUCCUUGGAGAAUGCAUCAUUGGGGUUUGGAUUA